AUGCCCGCGCAACAAGGCACUAUGCUAUGUAACGCAUGUACCGACCUGAUGUCGGUGGUCAAGACACAUCCACCAGGUAGCUGGAUCGGCACCAAGCCAGCACUCUUUGAACAUCCAGAGGGCCCGAAUGAAUGGGCUGGCUCUCACCACAUACAUGUGGGCGACUUCUACGAGGCGGUUCAGCGAGGGUGUUACAUCUGCUGGACCAUCUAUAGAGACUGCAGUACCGAGCUUCGAGAACAAUCGCGUGCAUUCCGCACGUUUUACCAACUCCGUGCAUUGGACGCGGAUGGCACAUUACCUCACCUAGAGGACCAUUACGAGUUAGAAUUUACUACCGAGAUUUUAAAUGGAGAGGCACCCAUCGCUAAGCAACAGGUUUUUGAUUGCAGUGGCCUUUUCAAAAUCCUCCCCAAAAAUGAGGUAUCUGCAUCGGGGGAACCACUCGCUUUAACACCAAACACUUUUUCGGGCAAAUGUAAAGACCAGGUUCGGCAGUGGCUUGACAAUUGUCGUGUCACGCACGUUCGAUGUAACCAAGACUGGCGAACCGGUGACGGUUCUCCCGCCCGCUUAUUGCGUAUCGACUCAGCAUCCGGCGACACGUUUCGGUUAGAGGCCUUUGCGGAGAACACUCGACCUCCCAGAUAUGUUACGCUGAGUCAUUGCUGGGGAGCCGGAACGGCAGUCACGUUGACUACAGAAAAUCAUUUACGCUUAACGACAGAGUGGUCUCGGAUCAACUCGCUACCAAAGAGAUUUCAGGAUGCUAUGGAGAUUGCCAGGUGGAUGGGAGUAGACUACAUCUGGAUUGAUGCGUUAUGCAUCAUUCAGAACUCUCGGGACGAUUGGCUUGCGGAGAGCACAAAAAUGGGCGAUAUUUAUACGAACUCGUUUUGCAAUAUUGCGGCCACGAGCGCCGACCCUCAACAAGGAUGUUUUACAGAGAGGCUCGUCUAUAUGGUGGAGCCAUAUCCCUUACCAAACCCCCAACUACAAGACGGAGAAAAGACAUAUGUCAUUGGUUACGACGACUUUUGGAGCAACAGCCUCUCCGACACGGCUCUGCACACCCGAGGGUGGGUUCUUCAAGAACGCUUGCUAAGUCCACGUACGAUCCAUUUCGGACAGGAGCAAAUCUUCUGGGAGUGCAGGUGUGAGAUGGCCUGCGAAGCAUAUCCUGAUGGCAUCCCCGAGCAGUUUCACAACCGGAAAAUGCACGCUUGGAGGCAGGCAGACAAAAUCCUCGACCCAGCCUAUAAGCAACCCUCGGAAUUGUCCCUGUUGUCGAAAUAUCUACCACGAUUUCUCUCAACUUGGUUCACCACGGGCUCGAAAGUGGAUGAUCCGUAUUGGGUAUAUGAAGUUUGGAGCAGGAUCGUCGAGGCGUACAUGGAAUGCAAACUGACCUAUGGCGAGGACAAACUCGUUGCGAUCUCGGGUAUUGCCCAAAAAGUCGCCGAAGCCACAGAUGAACGCUACCUUGCUGGGCUGUGGGACAAUGCCAUGCUUCCUCAGAGUCUGCUCUGGUGCGUCUUGGGCCGAAGACAAGCUGACGGCACUCCAUCAUUGAGAAGUGCUUCAGCAGGAGACCCCGACUAUCGGGCACCAUCCUGGUCCUGGGCGUCACUGGAAGCCAAGGUCAUCUGGAACUGGCCUGCCAAGUGUGAACAGGUUGUCAUCGACGUUCUGAGCACAGACAUCGAACAGCCCGAGGGAAGCAGAAUGGCCAAGGUGUCCUAUGCACAGAUGAAGAUUCGAGGCGUUCUGGUCGAGGCUUGUCUCCAGGUCGCAAGUCGGGAUAUGGAUGGAGAACCCGAAGAGGACGGACUCUAUACGUUGGUGCUCAACAGUCACGCCGACUCCGAUGACGUGCGACAUUACUCGAUGGAUCCCACCAUCUACCUCGACACCCCGAUGAUGCCAGACUCCGAUUGCAUGGAUGUAUUCCUCCUCCCAAUCUGCACACAGUGGCAGGGACGAUCUGGAGUGGAGGCAACAGCCCUGGCUGGCCUGCUGUUGAGAAAGGUGAUAUCGACUACAGGCGGGACGAUGUACGAGAGAAUGGGGAUCUUUGGGCUGGACCACGAUCAGGCUCACGCGUUGUGUGGCUCUCGCCCUGACGAACCCUGGUCUAUCGAAAAUGCGUUGAGGAGGAUGAGGCGAGAAGAUCUAUGUCUCAUAUGA